GAUAGUCGUCGAAAUUGCGAGACUCGACUUUUCCUCAAAACUUCCAAGACGCAUAUCAUCUCCUUCCUCCCGCACACAGUUUCACAGAACCCCCCCAAGAGAAACACAGACGCCCAUACAAAAAGCGCAAUUACCUUCAUACCCUCAAAAUGGGUGCUCUGUUAAAGCUUGUGGACGCCGUCCUCUUCGUCUUCUUCGUCGUAAUCGCGGUGGCGGCGCCGUUAAUCGACGCGCAGACGUGUCUGCCUGAGAGCCUCUUCCCAAGCGUAUUAGUUGAGCUCAAGAACUGGUACGCGCGUGAGUACGGCGACUAUCUCAUGACCCAGAAGCCUCAUUUCAUCGUUGGGAUCGUCUGGCUUGAGCUACUGUUUCAGUGGCCUCUUGCUCUUGCCAACCUGUACGGAAUUUUGGCCUCCAAGUCUUGGUUUAGCACCACCUGCUUGAUCUAUGGCGUCUCUGUUUUCACCUCCAUGGUGACUAUAUUAUCAGAACUGAUUCAGUCCGGCAAGGCUUCUGAUAAGCUGUUGUUUAUGUACUUCCCUUUCCUGGGGUUGGGUGUUUUGGCCAUACUGCGUGGGCUGCUGACACCUUCCAGGACGAGUAGUUCAAUGAUCGGCAAGAGACCUAUGUUGGGCAGGAAAAAGAAGGCUUGAGAUACACAACUCACUGACUCAGACUUUGUAAUUCUAUCGUCAUUUUGAGAGUUUUGUGUUUGUCAUUUUUUCUGAUUGAAAUGCUCAUUGUGUUUGUGACCUGAAUCUUUUGAUGAAACUGAUCUUAUGAAUGAAUGAAAGAUUUAUACAAAUGGAUUCGUUGGUAGUUC